CCAGGACCCCUCCCUGCAUGUGUUAAAGCAGAACAUGGUUUGUUUUCUCUUUCCCUUAUCUGGGGCUGCUGUGCUGGGGCUGCUGCCCUGUAGCCCUGGCUCGCAGCCAGGCAUCCCUGCACAUUUGCAGGGUACAAGCUUUCCUGCAGGUGGCACUUUCCUCAGCACUCUCUCUAAGUUGUCCUUUGCAUUCCUUAGUUUCCUGUGAGAUGCCAGCUCUUCCUUUGACUUGGUCCCAGGAGGCUCCUGGAGAGCUCAGCAGAUGGAGAUGUGUUAUUUUAUCCUGCAGGGAAAGCACCUCACCCUGCUUCUCUCCUAGGGCACUGGGCAGGGUGCUUUGCUCUACCAGGGUAACAGCACCUUUCAUGCUGUCGUCUUGUUUCAGGCCAACAAAGAUGCUGCUGUGCAUGACUGAUGUGCUCAUGCCUCAUGUGCUGUGACUCCACAUGGCCUCUGCAGGAGCAGAGUAUGCUAACCUGGGCCCCAGACAGGAGACUACCAUCAGGCUCGAGUCAGGUACCCUUGCAGCAGGGAGAACUUGGCCACACAGGGCCUGGCACCUUGCUCAGCAGCAGGCAAAACCUAUCUGGAAUUUACAGAGGAAGUAUGUGAAUGCUUUCCAGGAUUGUAGCCUGCUGCCCUCAGGGAUCCCUCUGCAGCAAUCCUUCUUCGCGUGCCCACCGUCGCUAUGCCACACACCCUCUGGUAAAGACACCCUCCUGAGCCUGCAGUUGGUACAGCCCUGUUUGGACCUGGGCAGGAGUGCUCUACUCUACCAACGCUUCUGUCUUGUACCCAAACCCUACAGGUUUCCUUUCCCAAGCCCUCCAGAUACUGUCUCUGCCACGGGAAGGCUGAUGUCUUCCUUGCUGAUGGAGCCCUGCCUGCUGCCUCCACUGGUGGAGGAGCACUCUGGGCCUGGGGUCAAAGGCUCUGCCCUCAGCUCAGAUCAGCAGGCUUCUAGCCCCUACAGACCAGUGCUCAAUACCAACCCCUUCCUACGGCCAAGCAGUGCUAAAGUGCCUUUGCUGCAGUCACUGGAGAUAAAGAAGGUGAGAAACACCCACAGCUUUCCUGCUGCAUUAUGGCCCCACUGCAGGGAAGGUGGAGACAGCUCUCCUGGCAGCCUGGUCAGCGGAGCAGUGGAAAGCAGCAACUUUGUGUUGGAGCAAACUGCAGUCCCCUCUUCUGCCCUGGUGCCCAGCAGGAAGGACCAGUGCUCUCAGGAGGUUGCUGAGAGGAAAACGGACAGGGUGAAAGAAAAGGAGACAGAGCUCAGCUUCACAGAGGCUGCACAUCAGCCAGCUGGACAGACUGCCACACACAGCAGCUUUGGACACAAAGCUGAAAGCUCUGGCCUUAGGAACGUGGGCAGCCUGUGCAAAUCAAACAGCGGGUGGGGGCAGCACACCCCAGCACAGCUUACCCCAAAAGAAACCAUUGCUCCUCUGGAUUCAGAGCUGGGUAGCCAUCGCCUUAAUGGUAACCUGAGCCUUCCAGGCAGGGACGGUGCCGCUGUGCACGCCGAGUGUGCCCGCGCCCGUCCCUCGGCCUCGCACGCCGCCUCUCCUGACCGCAGCACCGACUGCUGGCGGCCGAGCACGCACAGCGGGGACCAGGUGGCAAGAUCAGAGCCUCCACACCUUGCUACCAUCUCUGAAGUGACAACCCAGAUGUCCACUAUCCAACUGGAGAAAGAGGAGAGACAGGCCCAGGCUGUGCUCCCGGGAAAGCUCAAUGUCACUGGUGAGCAAUCACUGCUGGAGCCAAGCCAUCCCCAGGAUGAAGCAGAGGAAGAAGAAGAACUUCCUGAUGGCCUGGAUGGGAGCUGUAGUCAGGAGGAGGAUGAGGACAGUGACUCAGAUGAUUCCUCUGUCACUGGUGCAUCAUCUCAUGGCUCUCUGGCUCUUGUGUCCAGGAACUGCAUCAAGUGUCUGGCUCAGCCCACUGAAGAUCAAGAGAAAGUGCUCAAACCAGCUCUUGUCUGCAGUUUAUUCCCUAAUGUGCCACCAACCAUCUACUUCAGUACUUGGGAUGAGAGAGUGGAAAAGUUGCCUUGGGAGCAGAGGAAGCUGCUGCGAUGGAAAAUGUGCACCGUCACGCCAAACAUAGUGAAGCAAAUCGUCAGCAGGUCCCACUUCAGAGUCAGCAAAAAAAGCAAUGACUGGCUGGGUUGCUGGGGCCACCACAUGAAAUCUCCAAGCUUCAGAGCCAUCAGGGAGCACCAGAAGCUAAACCACUUCCCUGGUUCGUUUCAAAUCGGGAGAAAGGACCGUCUGUGGCGCAACCUGUUGAAGAUGCAAGCUCGCUGUGGGAAGAAGGAGUUUAACUUCUUUCCUCAGUCCUUCAUCCUGCCCCAGGACAUCAAAUUACUCAGGAAAGUGUGGGAGGAAGGAGCUAGCCGCCAGAAAUGGAUUGUAAAACCACCAGCAUCAGCAAGAGGCAUUGGUAUCCAGGUUAUCCACAAAUGGAGCCAGCUCCCCAAAAGGAGACCACUGCUGGUACAGAGAUACCUGCACAAACCCUACCUCAUUGGUGGGAAGAAGUUCGACCUGAGGAUCUAUGUUUAUGUCACUUGCUACGAUCCCCUUAGGGUCUACCUGUUCAAGGAUGGAUUGGUUCGCUUUGCUAGCUGCAAGUACUCCUCCUCGAUGAAAAGCCUCAGCAACAAAUUUGUGCACUUGACCAACUACAGUGUGAACAAGAAGAACACAGAGUACAAGUCCAACCCAGAUGAGACUGCUUGUCAGGGACAUAAAUGGGCACUCAAAGCUCUCUGGAGUUACCUGACCCAGAAGGGAGUUAAUAGCGAGGUCAUCUGGGAGAAGAUUAAGGACAUUGUUAUCAAAACCAUUAUUGCAUCUGAGCCCUACGUGAACAGCCUGGUGAAGAUGUACGUGCGGCGGCCGUAUUGUUGCCAUGAGCUGUUUGGGUUUGAUAUCAUGCUAGAUGAAAACCUCAAGCCGUGGAUCUUAGAGGUCAACAUUUCCCCAAGCCUCCACUCCAACUCUCCACUGGAUGUGAGCAUCAAGGGCCAGAUGAUUCGAGACCUCCUCAACCUUGCCGGCUUUGUUCUGCCCAGCACAGACAGUGUGGCCUCAAGGCCACAAGUCACAAAAAGUGACUCUACCUGCAGUCUGGGUGGUGCUUUGAAGGAGAAGCCGAAGGCAGCGUCUGAGCAUUUCCUAGCAGAGAAGAUGAAGAAGGCCUAUUACUUGAUGCAGAAGAUACCUGACCAGGAUUUUUAUUCUUCUGUCUUGGACAUCCUGACCCCAGAUGAUGUUCGCACCCUGGUGGAGACGGAGGAUGAGUAUUCCCGGCGCGGGCAGUUCGAGCGAGUGUUCCCCACCCACAUCUCCAUGCGCUACCUGCGCUUCUUUGAGCAGCCUCGUUACUUCAACAUCCUGGUGACCCAGUGGGAACUCAAAUACUACUUGAAUAAACACAAAGGUCUGGAGCUGCUGAAGAAUUGGUGUAUCAAAGGAUACCACACUGGAGCAGGGACGGAUUUGGCCAGGACGUGGUCAUUGCCAAAGUCUUUUUUGCUCCAGAAGAGCAGCAUUCAAUCAAAUGGCUUCAGCAAACUGGAACUGGGCAAACUGGGCACACUCCUUCCUUCAGCUAGUGAGGACCUCACGAGAUGCCCAGAGCCCAGCCCUACUCCGAGCUUACCUCUCAACAAGUACACUGGUGGAGAAAACCAGAAGCCUACUGGCUGCCUCUUGGACACCACCCUGGUGAUGUGAUCAGACAGCCACUGUCCCUCCCAGGGACACCUCAGCCUACCUCAAAGGAAGAGACAGGAGCUGACUCUGGAGAGCAAGGACUGUGGGAGCCUCUUGUGCUGCACUCUCUGGGCUGUUUAUAGGGAAGGAUGUUUUACUGGGCAGAGGAGAGCUGUGUGACUUAAAUUUCUUAAACAAAUGGCAAAGCCUGGGUUAGUGGGGUUUGGCCUUUAUCCAAGGCUGCUCCUAAAGUCUGAUGUGGUGGUGGUUUCUUUGCUGUGUGGGAGCUGACAAAGCUUGGAGUCAGGCUGGCCUUCCUGUCCCUGACCAAGCGUGGGCUGAGCUGUUGCUCGCCUGUGUCUCCAUGUGCUUACCCUGAGCCACUGGGGGUCAAGUGUGCUCCUGUGCUGCAGCCUGGCCCAUGGAGAAAAGAAUCCAGUCACCACCCUCCUUCUUUGGAAGAAGCUUGGGACUUUCAGCUGAACUGUUUUAUCCUGUCUGAAUGCCUGUGCCAGCAGCCUGUCCUCCCUCAGCUUUGGGGCCUGGUGGAAACCUUGGGCUUGCACAUUGCUGCUUAGAGAAACCAUAGGUUCCAGCACAGCUCUGCUUUAUCAUGGGGACAGUAGGGCUGCGAGGGAGGGAGCUGUCAGCUUUCCCAGGUGCCCUGCAGCAUGCCUGUGUGGACUUGCAAGCUGAUGAUCUCCUCAUGGGUUUUGCUCUCUAUUUUCUCAUGGUUUCUUAAGGAUUUCUAUUAAAGUCUAAUGCU